AUGUCGACAACAAACAAAACUAACAAAGGUCAGAAAAGAUCCGUGAAUCAAUCGUCCUCGCCAGCGACAACGCCUUCGCUCUUAUCAAAUUAUAAAUUCUGGUUGGCGUCUUGCUUAAUAAUCGUAGUUAUUUCUUUUGCCAUACAACGUCAAACAAUUGACAAGACUAAUAAAACAGCAACGGAAAAAGAACGUUUAUUCACUUCGGAUGAACUGCGAACAUAUACAAAAGAUGAAUUGUAUUUAGCUAUUCUAGGACAUGUUUUCAAUGUUUCAUCGGCGCCUCGAUUUUAUUCUUCUACUGGCGGUUAUAAAUUCUAUACAGGUCGAGAUGCUUCACGAAGUUUUCAUACGGGUAAAUCAACUGAAGAGGAUCUAACGGAUGAUCUAACUGGAUUGAAUGACGAAGCAGUUGCGAGCGUUUAUGAUUGGUUAGCAUUCUAUCAGAAGCAAUACCCACAAAUAGGCAAAUUAAUCGGGCGGUAUUUCGAUGCUAAUGGAGCGCCAACAAAACAUUUUCAAAACGUUCUCGUUUCUGUCGAUCAUAUGAAAAAGAAAGAAGAAGAAAAGGCGACCUUUGAACAAAAAUGGCCACCAUGUAAUAGUGAAUGGUCACAUGAUACUGGUCGACGAGUGUGGUGCACCGAUAAGAGUGGUGGAGUUCAACGAACAUGGAUCGGCUUUCCUCGACGAUAUUUCGAUAGUUCCUUGAAAACGGAGCGAUGCGUUUGUGUACAAAACAGUGACAAACAGGAUGGCCGUUUCAAGGAAUAUGACAAUUGUCUAUCGACGAGCAAUGAAUGCCGGUUGCCAGAUUGA